UGUCCUUCCUCAGAGUUUGAGUGACAGCUCCUCUCCCCUCUGUUUGUUUCCCCCACACAGCCUCUUGUUUCCCAUCAUGCUCAGCGAACAUCACCACCAAGAUGGCCGAAGCUAUGGAGGAAUAUGAGAAAGAAGCUGGCUGCGUCCCUAUUCUCCAUCCCGAGGAAAUCAAACCCCAGAGUCAUUACAACCACGGCUACACUGAGACAGUCAGCCGUAAGAACCAUGUGGACGACUACAGCACCUGGGACAUCGUCAAAGCCACGCAGUACGGCAUCUUCGAGCGCUGCAGGGAGUUGGUGGAGGCCGGCUUCGAUGUCCGGCAGCCAGACAAAGAAAACGUAACGCUUCUCCAUUGGGCCGCCAUCAACAACAGGAUAGAUCUGGUCAAGUACUACAUAUCUAAGGGAGGCGUAGUGGAUCAGCUGGGAGGAGACCUGAACUCCACUCCUCUGCACUGGGCCACCAGACAGGGCCACCUCUCCAUGGUGGUCCAGCUCAUGAAGUACAGCUCAGACCCCUCUUUGAUCGAUGGAGAGGGAUGCAGCUGCGUUCACCUGGCCGCUCAGUUCGGACACACCUCCAUCGUGGCUUACCUCAUCGCCAAAGGACAGGAUGUAGACAUGAUGGAUCAGAACGGCAUGACUCCUCUGAUGUGGGCGGCGUACAGGACACACAGUGUGGAUCCCACCCGGCUGCUGCUGACCUUCAACGUGUCGGUCAAUCUGGGCGACAAAUAUCAUAAGAACACGGCGCUGCACUGGGCCGUGUUGGCUGGAAACACCACGGUCAUCAGCCUGCUGCUGGACGCUAACGCUAACGUCGAUGCACAGAACAUCAAGGGCGAAACGCCGCUAGAUCUCGCCAAGCAGAGGAAGAAUGUUUGGAUGAUAAAUCACUUACAGGAGGCGCGGCAGGCCAAAGGCUACGACAGCCCGUCGUACCUGAAGAGACUGAAAAUGGACAAGUUAAAAAAGGAGUUCAGGCAGAAAGUGAUGUUGGGAACGCCCUUCCUCGUCAUCUGGUUGGUCGGUUUCAUCGCGGACCUGGAUAUUGACUCGUGGCUCAUUAAAGGCCUGAUGUACGCCGGGGUCUGGAUCACCGUGCAGUUCCUCUCCAAGGCUUUCUUCGACCACUCCAUGCACAGCGCCCUCCCUCUGGGUAUAUAUCUGGCCACUAAGUUCUGGAUGUACGCCACCUGGUUCUACUGGUUCUGGACCGAUCUCCCCUUCGUCACCGUCCACCUUCCCUUCCUGAUAAACAGCCUGUUUCUGUUCUACAACUUCGGAAAAUCCUGGAAGUCUGACCCGGGAAUCAUCAAAGCGUCAGAGGAGCAGAAGAAAAAGACAAUUGUGGAGCUGGCAGAGACGGGAAGCCUGGAUCUGAGUAUAUUCUGCAGUACCUGCUUGAUACGGAAGCCCAUUAGGUCCAAACACUGCGCCGUUUGCAACCGCUGCAUCGCCAAGUUCGACCACCACUGCCCCUGGGUGGGGAACUGUGUCGGAAGUGGAAAUCACCGCUACUUCAUGGGUUAUCUGUUUUUCCUGCUCUUAAUGAUCUGCUGGAUGAUAUACGGCUGCAUUUCCUACUGGAGGAUCCACUGCGCCACCAGCUACGCUAAGGAUGGCUUCUGGCUCUACCUGACUCAGAUCGCCUCUUGCUCUCCUUGGAUGUUCUGGAUGUUCCUCAACAGCAUUUUCCACUUCAUGUGGGUCGCCGUGCUCAUCAUGUGUCAACUCUACCAGAUCGCAGCUCUGGGAAUCACCACCAACGAGAGGAUGAACGCACGGAGAUACAAGCACUUUAAAGUCACAGCCACGUCCAUCGAAAGCCCCUUCAAUCACGGAUGCAUCAGGAACCUGAUAGAUUUCUUCGAGGUGCGCUGCUGCGGCCUGAUCCGGCCCGUAGCGGUGGACUGGACCUCUCAGUACACAAUAGAGUACGACCAGACGUCCGGCUCCGGAUACCAGCUGGUGUAGAAGAAGAAGAGGAAUAACCGAUAUGGGAUCGAUGUUGUUCUCGGGAGCGCUUGCUUUAUUCGAAACCAUCUCUCCCUCACCGAUCAAAAAGACUUAGAUUAAAAAAAAUCAGCCAAGACUAGCAUGCUGUUACAGGGCAACACCACACCCCCCCUACCCUCCUUCUUCUACUACUAUUACUACUAUUGUACAACAUCAUUACUGUACCUCCACUUGCUCCCCCUCCACCUCCUCGUCUCUUUUCCCGAUGGACGGUGCGUUGCUGCCAGGCAGGAGAGGAGGAGGGAGGAAAACAACGGAAAAAUAAUCUUCUGUUUUAUCCCGGAGGCUUAAAAGUGGCAGCAUCACUCUGAAAUCCCCACCUCUACCGAGUCCUUAUUCUUAUUUAUGGUGUCCCUGUUGAUGUGCCCUGUAUGUAUGUUUUGAAAUGGUUCAGGAAAGGAUAAGUAACCGCCGUGGCGUCCAGAGAAAGGCUGAAGGAUUUUGAUUUUUAAAAAACACGAAUUAGUUUUUAAGUAUGAUAGAAAUAAGGGAAUGUCUUUUUAAAAAACCUCUUGAUUUUGCACCGGGUUUUGCCAACAUAGUUGAUCUCAUCAGAGGGGGGAGUGUUGGGUUACAGGUGGAGCUGCUGGAGGAAUGAAGAGUUUUUUGGGUUAUCCUAAAAGCAGCUGUUGUGCAGUAACGUAAUGCAUGAGUCCUUCAGCAGAACCCACCGUUAAAGUGACAGAGAAAACCCUACAGACAAUGUGAUACAGGAAUAUUUAUUUUAUAACUAUUUAUACAUUAAUGUUCUAGCGGCAUCAUUUUUACAUUUCACAUCAUUUUUUUUAGCGCAUUAGGUUUUUAUGACGAUACAAUUAUUAAACCUGUAGCUGUCUGACGAGGAAGGAAGCCCGGGAAGUUACCAUAAAAAAACUUUAUCGACAGGUACAUCGAGCGUAUAUUUAUUAGCAGGACGACAGACGCGUUUACAGGACGGUUCAUUCCAUGUGUGUUUUUCAGAAAGCUGUAAAAGUCUUUUUUUUUGUGUUUGUCUUGUCUGCCUAUAUUUUUGCACUGAUCUUUAGUUUUUGUUUGGCUGUUACUGAACACCAGCUUCCAUUGUUUACAGAGGAGGAUAUGCCCCGCCCCCCUUUUCCCCUUUUAACCCCCCAUCACUUCCUGUCCGCAGCAGCAGGAUGGACGGUUGAGAAUGUGCAUCUGUACAUAAAUCUCGCUCUGUAGAACUGUUUUUGUUUUCGUCAGUGUUAGUUUUGAGGUGCUCCUGGAUUAUUUUUUUACUUUAUUUUCUAGUUGCCAGCAUGUGAACCCGGAAAUGUUGAGAACUCCAAAAGUUGUUAUGAUAGAAAUGUAUAGUACGGGUCCUAAGCACAUAGAAACUGAUGGAUGCUAACUUGCAUAUGUUGGGCCAUUUGUAUAAUUGGCUUCUACUAACAUAUUCAGACAAUAGCUAAUGACUUUUAUGUUUUAAAUCCAUGUCUGACAUUUUCAGGAUCAAAAAUGGCAGUUUUAACCAAAAGUCGCCACCUUUGUUCUCUCGGAGGACUGAUUUUGACUAGCAUGAGUAGUGUUGCGACCAUUGGAUAUAGAUAACUCACAUUUUUAGCAAUAUGUCGAAUCCAAAUGAUCCAGAAUGUAUACAAAUCAGCUCAUAGAGUAAAAAUAAGACUACUUUCUGGUUAAAACUGCCAUUUAUGGUCCUGAAAAUGUAAGAAAUGGACUCAACAUCCUCAAUAACCAAUCCAAAAUGGUCCAAAUCAGCCAAGUCAUUUUUGAACUAUUGUCUGCAUAUGCUAAUUAACGCCACUUGCUAAUUAGGCAAAUUGCCCAACAUAUGCUAGUUAGCACCAGGCAGUUUCUAUGUCCUGUUGACCCGUUCUAUACAUUUCUAUCAUUAAACUUUGGGGUAUCAACGGUUCCGUGUUCACAGCCUAUGAGCUGGUAAAAAGGGGAUUUCUUCAAACCAAACUGAGAGAAGAAGAAGUGACUGUAUGGCUUUUAGUGACGUCCCACACUGCUGUCUAUAGGCACCCCCCCCUCUGCCGAAAAUCACUGCAUGUUCGACCAUAAUCAUCGCCAUGGUGACAGCCCGGCGAGCCACGUGUCUGUAUAUAGUGAAUGUUAAGUAUUUGCAAGUACUUUUCUGCAUACCAUUCAUUUUACGUCUUGUUUAAUUUUUAAAAAUCUCAAAUCCAAUGUGUUUCUUAGUGGGAUUUUUUUCUUCCAACCCUCAUGUACAAGUGUGUGAUAUAUUUUAAUGUCCCAUUCUUGUGUAGUCAUCCUUGAAGGGGGUUUUUAUUUUAAAAUCCCUACUUUAUAUAUAUAUAUAUCGCUGGGUUUGUUACACCACUGGAUGUACAAAUUGUAAAGCAAAGACACUAGAGAACUAAGGCAGACGCCGAUUCCUUUUUUGUGUUGGUUUUCUAAAAAGCUGUGUUUCAUGCAAUAGUUUUAAGUAUAAAUGGAGGUUAUAUUACAUUCAGGCCUCCGGACAUUAUUGGGCCUCAUGUUGCAUCAUCAGACGGAGGAUUAUUCAUCAUUGCACUCUGGCUAACCCAACACUGAUGUCAUUUCUGAGCUGGUUUAUGUGUGCUUUAAAGUUUCAAGAGUCAAGGUUUCAUAUCAGAAUCAGUAACGGACCACAUGGGUUGUUGUGAUGCCUCUUUAGUGACGGGAGGAAAACGCGGGCUUGUUUUUGUUUGCUUCCGGGCAGAGUUCAGCACUCAUCCAGGACACAAACUCAGUCCUCACUAGUUCUUCCAGCAGCCUGAAAACUCUCUGUCCGCCCCCCCCCCCCUCUCGCCCAUCAUGUGGGGAUAAUAAAAAUCAAGUAAAAAAAAAAAAGCACAUAAUCAUCUCCAGUGCCUCUCUGCCCACCUUCAGACAUCACUGUAACUCCGCUUCAGAUGUAAACAUAUGGGCAUGGUUCAGUUUUAAUGGCUUUAAUAAUAAAAUACAGUCAAAUGUG